AUGGUAGGUGCAAAACCUUGCAGUUCUCCUGGUCCACCAGAUGCUAAACUGAGUACCAAAUAUGGUGAAUUACUUCAAAAUUCAACUGAGUACAUAUCACUUGUUGGAGCUUUGCAAUAUCUUACUUGGUCCAGACCUGAAAUUGCCUACUAUGUGAAUCAGGUAUGUCAAUUUAUGCACUCACCUACUACAACACAUCUAUCAGCAACAAAGAGAAUACUUAAAUAUAUUAAAGGCACUCUAGGACAGGACAUAUUAUUCACUAAGGGCGUUACUGUUGUAUCCGGUUACACUGAUGCUGAUUGGGGAGGAGAUCCUGACACUAUAAGGUCCACAAGUGGUUUUUGUUUGUUCUUUCGUAAUAAUCCAAUCUCUUGGUCUGCUAAAAGCAACCAACUAUCACUAGAAGAUCUACAGAAGCUGCGUACAAAUGUUUAUCAACAUCUCAAAGAUUUAUACAUUUUUCUACCUUCUUCACCGCAGCUGCUUUGUGAUAACAGAAGCUCAGUAUCCCUUGCUUGA